GGGGCCUGCGGGCGCCGGUAGCUGCGGGCGGCCGCCGGGCUGGGCAGGGGCUGCGGUGGGGCCUGGUGGCCGGCGGGCGCCGCUCAGGUGGGUCCGGUUCCCUCCCGGGGGGCUGCGGGGCCUCAGGGCGGGGAGGAGGGCUGGGGAGGCGGCUGAGGGGUGCGGGGCCUCGCCGCUCCGCGGGCCUCGAGCGCGCUGUCACCGCCCGGGGCUGUGCUGUGCUGUGCUCUGCUGGGUUGGGUUGGGCUGUGCUGGGCGGCGGCGGCGGCGGCGGCACCCCAGGGCCCGGCUGUCCCCGCUGCCCGGCCUGGCGGAGGGGAGCGGGGCGCGUCCCGCCGGGCGGCGGUGGUCAUGCGGUGGUGCUCAGGGAGGGGGUUUGUUCUGGGGCGGCCGUCGGGCUCUGCUUCUCUGCCGUGCGAUCGCGUUCGUCCGCCCCUACUUGGUCAGCGUGCCCUCGCCAAGCGUCCGCCUUCAUUGUCUCGGUGCCAUCAGUAAGAUGUGGUCCUGGACGUUGUGAGCAUGUGACUUCAAAGAUGGACAACUGGAUCUAUUACAAAUUCUGAUUGGCCUUAAGCUGACUUACAAACACUGAAGAGCUUCACGGGAUUUCUCUCAUUCCUAAUUUAUGCCUGUCUAAUUGCCUCACACCACCAGCUUAAUCAUGUAUGGAAGUGCUCGGUCAGUUGGCAAGGCUGAGCCAAGCAACCAGAGUCCAGGGCGUUCACCAAGGCUGCCACGGUCACCACGCUUGGGCCAUCGUCGAACCAACAGCACUGGAGGCAGUUCUGGCAGUAGUACUGGGGGCGGCAGUGGGAAAACCCUCUCUAUGGAAAAUAUUCAGUCCUUAAAUGCUGCCUAUGCUACGUCUGGCCCUAUGUAUCUAAGUGACCAUGAGAACGUCGGUGCAGACACCCCGAAAAGCACCAUGACUUUGGGCCGGUCUGGGGGGCGGCUGCCUUAUGGUGUUAGGAUGACUGCAAUGGGUAGCAGCCCUAACAUUGCCAGUAGUGGAGUCGCCAGUGAUACUAUCGCGUUUGGAGAGCACCACCUUCCUCCAGUGAGUAUGGCGUCCACUGUGCCUCACUCACUUCGCCAGGCCAGGGAUAACACAAUCAUGGAUCUGCAGACACAACUUAAAGAAGUAUUAAGGGAAAAUGAUCUGCUUCGCAAGGAUGUGGAAGUGAAAGAAAGUAAGCUGAGCUCUUCCAUGAACAGCAUCAAGACCUUCUGGAGUCCUGAGCUGAAAAAAGAAAGAGCUCUGAGGAAAGAUGAAGCUUCAAAAAUCACCAUUUGGAAGGAACAGUAUAGAGUUUUGCAAGAAGAAAACCAGCAUAUGCAGAUGACUAUCCAGGCUCUUCAAGAUGAACUUCGGAUCCAGCGGGACCUGAACCAACUGUUCCAGCAGGACAGCAGCUCGAGAACCAGUGAGCCCUUUGUGGCAGAGCUGACAGAGGAAAACUUUCAGCGGCUUCACACGGAGCAUGAGCGCCAGGCCAAGGAACUCUUCCUCCUACGUAAAACCUUAGAAGAGAUGGAACUGCGUAUUGAGACACAGAAACAGACCUUAAAUGCACGUGAUGAGUCCAUCAAAAAGCUGCUGGAGAUGCUGCAGAGUAAAGGUCUGUCAGCAAAAGCCACUGAGGAAGAUCACGAACGAACAAGACGGUUGGCUGAGGCAGAGAUGCAUGUACACCACUUGGAGAGCCUUCUCGAACAGAAGGAAAAGGAAAACAACAUGCUGAGAGAGGAGAUACAUCGACGGUUUGAAAAUGCUCCUGACUCAGCCAAGACAAAGGCUCUGCAAACUGUUAUUGAGAUGAAGGAUUCAAAAAUUUCUUCCAUGGAGCGUGGCCUCCGGGAUUUGGAAGAGGAGAUUCAGAUGUUGAAGUCAAAUGGAGCUCUGAGCACAGAGGAGCGUGAAGAAGAAAUGAAGCAAAUGGAGGUGUACCGUAGUCAUUCCAAAUUCAUGAAAAAUAAGGUAGAGCAACUGAAGGAAGAGCUAAGUGCCAAAGAGGUUCAAGGGGAGGACCUGAAAAAAAGAGUGGCUGGUCUCCAGGCCGAGAUUGGUCAGGUGAAGCAGGAGCUGUCACGCAAAGACACAGAGUUGCUAGCCUUGCAGACAAAGCUGGAGACCCUCACAAAUCAGUUCUCUGACAGCAAGCAGCAUAUUGAAGUUCUGAAAGAGUCUCUUACAGCUAAAGAGCAAAGAGCGGCCAUUCUGCAGACAGAGGUGGAUGCAUUACGCUUACGUUUGGAGGAGAAAGAGACCAUGCUAAACAAGAAGACAAAGCAGAUUCAGGAGAUUGCAGAAGAGAAAGGCACUCAAGCAGGAGAGAUCCAUGAUCUCAAGGAUAUGUUAGAGGUGAAGGAACGCAAAGUUAACGUUCUUCAGAAGAAGAUUGAAAAUCUUCAAGAGCAGCUAAGAGACAAGGAAAAGCAAAUGAGCAGUUUAAAGGAUCGAGUGAAAUCCUUGCAGGCUGACACCACCAAUACUGAUACUGCCUUGACCACGCUGGAAGAAGCACUUGCAGAAAAAGAAAGGACCAUUGAGCGCCUAAAGGAGCAGCGGGACAGAGAUGAACGAGAAAAACAAGAAGAGAUUGACACCUACAAAAAAGACAUUAAGGACCUGAAAGAGAAAGUCGGCAUUUUACAAGGAGAUCUCACAGAGAAAGAGUCAUCCUUACUGGAUCUGAAGGAGCAUGCUUCAUCCUUAGCUUCAUCGGGACUGAAGAAAGAUUCAAGGCUCAAGACACUGGAAAUCGCAUUGGAACAGAAAAAGGAAGAAUGUUUGAAAAUGGAAACUCAAUUGAAGAAGGCCCAUGAGGCAACUCUUGAGGCGAGGGCCAGCCCAGAGCUGAGUGAUCGCAUGCAGCAGCUGGAGCGGGAGGUAACGAGGUAUCGGGAAGAGUCAAGUAAGGCUCAAGCUGAAGUGGAUCGUCUUCUGGAAAUCUUGAAGGAGAUGGAAAAUGAGAAGAAUGAUAAGGAUAAGAAAAUUGCAGAACUGGAGAGAAAGCACGCCUCCCGCAAAUUGCACCCUCCCUACCAGGUGUCGGUCCCCGCACCGCAACACGUAGGGGGGUUUGUGUGGGACUUCCUGGGAAAUCUCACGUCAAGGCAAGUUAAAGAUCAAAAUAAGAAAGUAGCAAAUCUGAAGCAUAAAGAGCAAGUGGAGAAGAAGAAGAGUGCACAAAUGCUGGAGGAGGCCAGGAGACGAGAAGAUAAUCUUAAUGACAGCUCCCAACAGCUUCAGGACAAUCUGCGUAAAAAGGAUGAUCGGAUUGAAGAAUUGGAAGAGGCACUCAGAGAAAGUGUUCAGAUAACUGCAGAGCGGGAAAUGGUGCUAGCACAAGAGGAGUCAGCCAGGAUCAAUGCUGAGAAACAGGUAGAAGAGCUGAUGAUGGCCAUGGAGAAGGUUAAGCAGGAGCUGGAGUCAAUGAAAGCAAAAUUGUCUUCUACACAGCAGUCUUUGGCUGAGAAGGAAACCCAUCUGACCAACCUACGAGCAGAAAGAAGAAAACAUUUGGAGGAAGUCCUGGAGAUGAAACAAGAAGCCCUUCUUGCUGCCAUUAGUGAAAAAGAUGCCAAUAUUGCUCUGCUAGAACUUUCAUCCUCUAAGAAGAAGACUCAGGAUGAAGUGGCUGCCCUCAAACGAGAGAAAGACCGCCUUGUGCAACAGCUCAAGCAGCAGACACAGAACCGUAUGAAGCUGAUGGCUGACAACUAUGAGGAUGAUCACCUCAAAUCCUCAUCCCAUUCCAACCAAACCAACCACAAACCCUCCCCAGACCAGAUAAUUCAGCCCCUCUUAGAACUUGAUCAGAAUCGCAGCAAGUUGAAGCUGUACAUUGGACAUCUGACAGCCCUCUGCCAUGACCGUGACCCCUUGAUUCUGCGUGGACUCACCCCACCUGCUUCCUACCACUUGGAUGAUGACCGGGCAGCUUGGGAGAAAGAGCUGCAGAAGAUGACCCAGGAGCAGCUUCGUGAUGAGUUAGAAAAGGGCGAGAAGGAAAGCGCAGAGCUGCAGGAGUUUGCCAACGCCAUUUUACAGCAGAUAGCGGAUCACUGCCCUGACAUCCUGGAGCAAGUCGUCAAUGCACUCGAGGAGUCAUCAUGACCUCGGCCGCCAGCCCCGCUGGAGCAGCACGCCAACGGCCGAGCCCAGUCAGUCCAAGGAGCCAUGAGAGUGGAGAGGAAUGUGAAAGACAGAAAAUGGAACAGAAACUUCUGGUGCACUUUUUGCAAGGAAAACAAAAACAACAAAAAACCCCACCUCUAAAAACUACACGCUCUCUAGGUUCUUCCAGUCUAUGAUUAAUCAGUCAUGCUUAUGUUCAUCUUCUCACUGCCUUUCUACUUUAGCAUCCAGUUCCCUGCUGACUUGUUGAUGGUAUUGGACUUUUGGAUACAGCUAAGCAGAGCUCUUCUGAGUCUCCUGAUCAAAGAGGGGAUCCACUGAAUACAAGAAGUUCUAGUUCUUCAGGAGGUUGCAGAUGGGUAGCCCUUGCCUUUCAUUCAUUUAUUGUUUGGUUUUUUUUCUCAUAAAAGCUGAAAGCCUCUAUUUCAUAGUGCUAAAAACGAAACCUGAGCAUGUUCUGAUUAUGGCUUACAAAUGGCCAGCAUCAGCUAGCUAGCUCAGGUCUCACUGCCUGUCUCAAUGUUUCUUAUGUUCUUAAAUAACGUAGAGAGGAAAGGAAGGUUUUCGUAUUAUGUUCUGUUAGUGACUUAAUCUAGCAGCUGAGAAACAAGGUAGGCAUGCUGGUACUUUCUGUUUACUUAACAUUAAUUUUUAUUGUUCAGUAAUUUGACUCUGAAGUGCUGAGUGGGGCAUAUUUUCAGAUAACUGUUACUGUCUAUUGGCUCCUCAUUUUUUUAGCUGAGGUUGCUCUUCGUAGGUCUGUAUCACCUACAUUCUUAUUUUAUAGAGAGAUCUCCUCCUUCAAACAGGUGUGCUCAACAAGUCAGCUCCCAGCUGCAACUUGUAUAGUUUGCCCAUUGCUAAUUUUUCAGGCUGUAGGCUUGUAAACACCAGCUGCCAUCAGAAUAGUCUUAGGCAUUUUGUACAUGAGCAAAUUGCAUCAUUUAGCUUAAAAAUAUAAUUUUAAAACUAAUUUAGGUAAAUUAGCAAUACGUUCUUACUAUAAUUAUAAAUUAAUUUAUUUUGGGUUAGUUUAGGUUGACAAGGAAUUAGUUUGAAUUCAGAGCAAGAACCUGUUCUUAUAAAGAGGAGCGUCUCUGCUGGAGUUGGCACCCAGCUGAGUAGAUAGGUAUAAAAUGACAGCUUUAGCUAAACCAGUGCAAUUCUUAUAUGUAUAUGAGAGGCCUUCAUCUUGCUCCCAUCCAUCUUUGUUGCUCAGUAAAGCCCCUGCUGAUAGGUAAUAUGACCUGAAAUAGCAGGUCGGUUUGUCGUGAUAGCAAUUCAGAAUCCUGUUUUAUGAGUAGGACUUGGGUGUUCAUUCCUGGGCUCUGCAGUAAAGAGGACACACUUUUUUUCCUGGCUACCAAUGGUUAUAUGCAUCUGGGGGCAUUUGCAGGACAGAACUGUUUAACGUGUCCCCAUGUACUCCUUAAAGGAGUUUUUCCCCUUUAGCUUUCUCAUAUUACUUAAGAAAACAGGGGGAGGGGAAAAGGAGACCAAAUAGCAACACAGCAGGCGAUGAAAUCUUAGUUUUCUAGUCACCAGCUAAUUAUGAACCAUCUGACUCCUGCAGCCAUGGCUGUAACUCUGAUUUUACUCGGAGUUCUGGAAACAUCAGCUGAUUGCAGCGUCCAUCCAUUGUCUGUCUCUCAGUACAAUUCCCAUUCAGAGCCUCCCAUUUAGAGUUUAAUUCCAUCUGACUUACUACAUUUUGAGCUUAAUCACUAAACCGUUAUGCUAAAUAAAAUGUUUCAAACUCUUUCAGAAGAACUGAAUUUCCUACAUCUUUCAAAUUUGUAGCAUAACCCCCCUGUAGGUCUUCCACACCUUAUUUUUACACUCUGAAAUAUGACGGAUUGCUUCUGAUAGAAAGGAAGUCAGCAGAAGUUUCCCUAAGGGAAGAUGUACCAUCUUCUUUUCAACCAGUGAAAACUGGGCAAAGCUGAAAACUUAUACAUCUGUAGAUAAUAUUGGAAACUGAUUUGAAAUGAAUCAUACCCUAAUUCAUUCUACUGUAAUGAUUCAGAAGAAGCAGCUGUAUCCAUAGGCAUGUUGUCUGCUGGGUAGGAAUACCUAGGUCUCCAAAGAAGUGAUGGCUCGCACCCUCUCCAUCUUUUGAUCUGACAGUGCUUUACAAAUCAGGAAAUGUAACUUUAGUUCUCAGUAUAGUAUUAGCCUGUGUCCAAAGACUUUUGUUUGUUUUUUUUUCCUCGUGUAAGAGGAGAGUAAUGGGAACCUGAAUGUUUGCAAGAGGGAAAUACCGGAAGGCAUGUAGACAGUGACUGUACAUACCACUGAGCCAUGCCUCAUACCAGAACCACCCCUUUGGUCCUAUUAUUUGAGUCAGCACGUUUUGAUAGGAGCUGUUGUUUUGAAAUCUUUCCUCUUGCUUUUUCUUCAUCACCCCUAAUUACUCACUCAAGGAAUUUAAUGCUGCCUGUAAAACCAUCAGGGCCAUCAGCCUAACAUCAUCACACUGCCACCACCACUCCUGACUAUCUCAUUAACUUAUAUGGUCAAAUCUCCAGCUGCCCUCGUUCCCUGCUGUAAAACAAUCCCUCUUCUGUGAGAAGCUGUGGAAUUUCCCUUAUCGAUGGUUCAAAUGACUCCUGCUUGUAAACCUCUUACUGAGAUGUCCCUUGAUAGUGUUCCUGCUGCGGGGGAAGGGGGAGGAAUGGGAGCAAGGGGUGGUCAUUUCUGGCUGUUAUUUCAAUUCCGUUUGUGUGCUGCGUUGCCCAUACAUCACAGGAAAGCUCUGAGUUUCGGCACUGGUUCUUUUGCAUCUUUGACUCAGCUGCCAGCCUGAGGCUGUGUUUCUUGGUUGCAAAGUGCCUCAGCAAAGGCACACUGCUGUCUGCAGGACCCAUGCGUCUGAAACCAGGUGAAUCUCACUGUUUGUGCAUCUCCUAGUGUCUUCCUUGAAAGGGUUUAUCAAGCCUGGCCAGUUUUCACACCGGCCAUUUGGUCUUUUAUCUGCAAGCCACACACUUGCUGUUCUUCCCAGCAGGAUUACUGGGCCUUUGCAAGUGUUCUUAACUACUGUUAUCUUUUUGGGCUUCUAGACUUGCAACUUAAACAUUGAUCUUAGACCUCAGUAAAGUACUUUCAGAGAGAGCGGAUCUCAGUUGGGAACAGACUUGAUCCAACUUGAUCUCCAUCGAACUAUUUCAAAUAAUCUCUCUGAUCCUGCGUAGAUAUAGAUCUUGUCAUGGCAAAUAGUUUGAGGAACUGUGUCAUCUGGGAGAUGCUGCUGGCUGUGAUUUAAUGCUGAGUGUGACCAGCGAAAGCUUUUCUUCUUGUUUGUAUGGAGUGCCACAACAUUGGCCUUGGGGCAAUCAAUGGAUUUGGUGAUCAUUAUCCAUCAAGAAACCUCCUAUCAGGCACGUGGCAGAAAAUUCAUACAUGUGUACUUGCCAUGAUGCUCAUCCAGUUGCCUGACCCUCUCCAAUUCCUCUGAUAUCUUACAUCCAGGUGUCAGCAGCCAGGGACAUGCAGUUUCCUAGCGCAACAGUCCCACAGUCCAGCACUUCUGGGAAAUUCAGGGGCCCCUCCUGCCUCCUGGCCUCCUGUCCAGAUCCCAGUGAGCCUGGGGAAACUUACUUGUUCUUCUUCUCUUUAAUGAAGUCCCAUUUGCUGCGGGAGUUGUGAAAGUCUUGAUUCCUUUGUUUUGUUUUGUUGUUUUUUUUUUCUUCCAAUCUUUCAUUUGUAGAGAAACUGGUAGAUGUAAGGACCUGAGGAUCUGCCUGUAGAAAAUUAAAUAGAUAAUUUUCGCUGGGUUUGAGCUGAAAAAUAGCUCAAGCCUGCAGUCCAGGUAUAGUGUAAAAGCUGACAUCCCAACCAUGCUUGCUGAUGAUAUCCAUGAGUCCAAGUACAUAUUUUCCUCAGAAUCAAGCCUCAUUUAAAACACUAAAAGGACAUUACAACACUAGAGUUGCAGUGUGAGAACAUUAGCACUAUUUGCGAUUGGAAGAAGAUUUGGCUGGGGUGCUCCCAAACAAAACUCUAAGCUUCUGCUAUUAUCUCUCAAUUUGACUGCCUUUAACCAGCUUUCCCUCUAGAAAAUGCCAAACUCUCUUUGGAGCAUCCAAUUUUUGCCAAGUCCAGUGGAUGGAAGGCGAAGGUCAUGCAAUGCACGGAACUGUAUGUGCCGUUUCCAGUUGCGCUGCUGGAAUAUACCUUCUCUAUCAGAUUUGCUGGUACUUUGUGGGUCUCGGUAUUUUAGACAAGGGAGCACUGAUGUCAUAAUUCUUAUAUGCAUAACCCUGUUUCCUGAACCAAAGGGGCUCCUAUUUUUGUUUGUCCUCUAGUUCCCACCCAUUCUGCUGCUAACACUCAAUUCUUUGGGAAAUUUCUACAACUGAUAACAGGUUAACAGGGCUGAGUCCCCACUCCUGGACUAAUUGCCAAUCGUUGCCACUGAAAGGCUCUUUACGAAGGAUGUAGAGAGCCACACACUGAUAUCAUUGCAAAACAAAUAUUUCACUACGUAAGUCACACACACAUCUCUCAGUGACACCGAUAAAAUAAAAAGGGAAAUAGUACAAUCAAGGCAUCUGAUGUUAAAAGCUCUACUCAGCUCAACGUCUGCACUGGAACGGGGAAAUGGGGAGGAAGCAGAAGGCAAUGGAUAACUUAACACUGCCCCAGUGAAGCUGGUGGGGUGGAAGGGUCAGGCGGAGGGUGUCCGGCACUGCUGGCGAGAUCACCCUGCCAAUCAGUCUCGUCAGCGUGGCAAAGAGAAUGAGUGUCGGGGGGGAUUUUUAAGCAAAAUUACGUUUUUAAUUGUUUCUUCCGCAUAAAUGGAAGGAACCUUAUACAGCAGCAAAUCCUUCUGAACAAAAUGGCUGUGUCCACUGACUUUUUUAACAAGAAAAACUGUUUCAAAACUUUUUAGUGUCAAAAGCAUAAACACAGAAAUCCUGACUUUUUCCAGUGUGUGUGUGGUGAGUGCUGUAACCCUGUCAUCAGUAUCUCUCCUGACUUUUUCAGGGGCGUUUUUUUCCUGUUUUGUUUUCUGCUUGUUGAUAUUGUCUGUGUGGUCCUAAGGCUGGGGCAGUUACCAACAAUGUGUGUCUGUUGUCGGAUUAAAAAAAAAGAUAGUAGUAGAACUGAAAAAGAUGUGUUUUAAAAAUAUAUAAAAAAUAAAUUUCAUCAAAAGGAAUUCAAGUAACGAAACAACAAAGCCGUGACUCCUCCUCUCAGGACUGUACGGAAAAGGAUUUGUGAGCUUAUAAUUAUAACCAGUUGCCCUUCGCAGGCUUUUGAGGUCCAGGAGGCUUGGCCUCUUUGGAAAUGUCAUGAACUAUGUGUUGUAAAUCCCUGCUUUCCCAGUUUUAGACUGUACAUGCCUCACGUAGUACAGAAAUGAGCAGAAAGAAAGGGGAUUUUGGAGAUCAGUCUUUUCUGGUAUCAUCGGGUGUCCCCUACCAUGUGAACCGCUGACGUAAAUGGACCAGAUGGUUUGGCCAACAUGCGAGGGCCACGUGCAAGUGUAGUUUGGCUGUAGGCAUGUGGGUCCAUUUUCAGAGCUGCUUACAAGGAACAAUGUGAGGAUAAACUGGCAUGUAACGUAAAAAAAAGCCCACACAUUUUGCUUUACCUGUGAUACUAGGUAAAGAACGUCAUUAAAUGAAUGUAUUUUUUCUUUCAAAGUUAAUUAGCAUGUGCUAUUUAUCCUCAUUUUGCACUUCCUAUUUGGAUCUUAAUGAAGUAAAUCAAUUUUGCUUUUAAAUAGAUAUAUCCGCCUUAGUUUCUCGGUGCUUUGGUGGGUUUGUUGCUCAAAACACUAUUUUUUUAUUUUGGGCUGACAAAAAAAAAAAAAAAGGAUCUCUUCAUCAGUCAUAUGUAAUCUCUUUUACUGUAAAACAUGGUCAUCAACUAAAAUCCAAAUCUGAAGUUAAACUGUACAAGUAGGCAUCUUUCUUUCGAUCUCCAUGGGCACGGCCAGGCCUCAGUCCCCGUGAGAUACAGGCUGCCCUCAGCCCUCAGUCAGCAGCACAUGGCAGCAGCCUGACUCAGGGUGCCUGCACCAGGCCCGUCCUGAAAUGCUUAUUACAGUACAUCUGGGGAAGUUCUGGUGGCAAAUGCCUUUAUCUGUUCAGAUUCUGAAGGAGGAUGAAAAAUGGGACCAUGAACAGGGAAGUAACUUCUGUGCUAGUCUAACGUGCUGCUCCGAGCUCACUAGAGUAGCACACUGCUGUUUCCCUCCAAGUCAGUACAUAAUGAGGGCCCCACUCCAGGUUCUGGCUCACCAAGAGUAUGGGGGCGAUCCAGAGGAUUGCCCUAAGGGUUAAAAAAACCUCUGCAGGAUGGGAUACUCCAUCCGCUUUGCAGACACGGAUCCCUCAUUUGCUUUGGAAGAGAUGUGUUGCACUUUAGUGGAGGGGGAGACAGGCUUUGGGUAUGGGAUCUGGUGUACUUGGAUUCCUUUUGGAAAUAACAGCAGCGGGAGACAUUGAUGUCCGUGAUGCAAGUGCGCACGCUGCCUUCAACUUGUAUGUGUUUUAUUGCUGGAGUCAUGUUACUGACAGGAUAAUGAAAUUGCAAAGAAAAUGUGUUAUAUUCAACUUUGCCUUGAUAAUAUAAACACUUUGUUCAUUUUUUUUUUCUUCUUUUUUUAUUCACAGACUAAGUUCAUCAGGAAAUUAUAAAAUUAUUUAAAAAUUC